UUUUUUUUUUUUUUUUUUUUUUUUUUUUUUCAUCUUCUGUCGUGGCCGGCCGGGAGGGACUUAAGGGGAGAUCAAUGAAGGAAAGAAGAGCGAGCCAGAAGUUAUCGAGCAAGGCUGUGAUGGAUCCCAACCAGAACGUGAAGUGCAAGAUCGUGGUGGUGGGGGACAGCCAGUGCGGGAAGACGGCGCUGCUCCACGUCUUUGCCAAGGAUUGCUUCCCUGAGAGCUACGUCCCCACCGUGUUCGAGAACUACACGGCCAGCUUCGAGAUCGACACGCAGCGCAUCGAGCUCAGCCUCUGGGACACCUCGGGCUCUCCUUAUUACGACAACGUCCGCCCGCUCUCCUACCCGGACUCGGAUGCUGUCCUCAUCUGCUUUGACAUCAGUCGGCCAGAAACCCUGGACAGUGUCCUGAAAAAGUGGAAAGGGGAGAUCCAGGAGUUCUGCCCCAACACCAAGAUGCUGCUGGUGGGCUGCAAGUCCGACCUGCGCACCGACGUCAGCACGCUGGUGGAGCUCUCCAACCACAGGCAGACCCCCGUGUCCUACGACCAGGGUGCAAAUAUGGCCAAACAGAUUGGAGCAGCCACAUACAUCGAAUGCUCAGCCUUACAGUCAGAAAACAGUGUCAGAGACAUUUUUCACGUCGCCACCCUGGCUUGUGUGAACAAAACAAACAAAAAUGUGAAAAGAAACAAAUCUCAGAGGGCCACAAAGAGAAUUUCACACAUGCCUGGCAGGCCAGAACUGUCCACAGUGGCCACAGACUUGAGAAAGGACAAAGCCAAGAGUUGCACGGUGAUGUGAAGGGAAUUCCUGCAGGAGGAGGAGGAGGAGGAGGAAGAUCCAGGAGGGGUUUGAGCUCAAUGAAGUCACAGCCACAGGGUGUUUCAUGGUUUUUUUUUUGCCAGUGCUUUCAUGGAGAUUUCUCCUGUUGUGUGAAACUGUGCUUGAAGGACUGAGCAGCAGGAGGAAAAGGCUCUGAGAGAUGUGGCAUCAGGAAUUUCUGUUGAAGACAAUGCCAAAAAAAAUUAAUAAUAAUGAUAAUGAUAAAAGGGAAAAUGUUUGAAUGUGCUGAGAGAAGAGAGGAUGGUUGGGAAAAUAACCCUGCAAAGGAGAGAUGUCAUGGACAGUGGAUGUUUCUUUUCUGCUCUGCUCCUGGAUGCUACCACUUUGAUUUCAUUCAAAUAAUACUUUAAUGGGAUUUUAUUUUUAAUGAAGACAUUAUUAAUACACCCUUCUCAUUAAGGAACUACCCCUGUGACCUUAGAGUUGGUUUUCCAAAGGAUUUGAUCUCAUUUUUUUUUUUUAGUAGCUGAUUGUGAAAAUGGAGAGGAUACCGAGGCUUGUGUGUCACCUGGAGG